AAUGACGCGACUACACAGCGACGAGCAUACGCGGCAUUAAAAAUGAAAAAGAGAACCGCCUGAGAGCAGUUUCAAAAUUCAGUUUUCGGGAGGGAAAGAAUAGCGGUGUUAAACUGCAGUAUCCUUGAUAACUGUUCUGACCGGUUGUAACAAACGCCGCUAAGGGUCAGGGCACAGCCUCCUGGGAUGUUGGUACUUGCUUGCUAGCUUGUGUACUGUACAUCUGUGUUCUCUAAAUCCAAACAUGGCGUCUUUUGUGACAGAAGUUCUGGCAAGUUCUGGUAAACUCGAAAAAGAAGACCUCACUGGUAAAAUAAAUAAGCUGUCGCGAAAAGUAGAGGACGCUAAGGAAGAGGUAUGUGACAUGAUCAACAAAAGGUACAAUGAGUUCCUCCCCUGCAUGCAGGGGGCUGAAGCACUUCUGGGGCAGGCUGAAGACCUCUCUAAAGAAAUUGACAUCCUCAAAAGCUGCAUUGAAACAGAGGUGCACCAGAAUCUACAUACAGCUGUGACUGAGUAUGCCAAGCUGAAGCAGCAGCUGGAGAGAAACACUACGGUCAUUGCCAUGCUCAGACACCUCGAAGAGUUUCACCUUGCCAUGGAGGAGUUUCAUAGAGUCCUACUGGAGAAGAAGUAUGUGAAUGCGGCCAAGCAGUUAGAAAAGGCCAGAGACAGUGCAGACUCUCUGAAGGCUUGGAAAGGCUCUGAGUUGCCCCUGCUGAGAGCCCUCAGCUCAGAGCUCACUGUCCAGAGAGAGAACCUCAUCUACCACCUGGGGGAUGAGUGGAAGAGACUGGCUGUCUGGAAACUGCCUUCUUCCAAAGAGACAAAGGGGGCGAUGUCAUUCCUGAAGACAGAGCUCCACCUCACCCUGGGUGGGACUAAGGAGCCCCAGCAGAGCCUUCUCUCCUGUGUCCUCCAGGCUCUGGCCAUCCAAGGGGAGCUCCAACACAAGAUCAAACUCUUCAGCCAGGUGCUGCUGAAGUACAUACUGAAGCCCCUGAUUAUGUAUCCUUCUCUAAACGUGGAGGUGUCGGAGCAGCAAGGGGAGGGCACUGUGCUCUCUAUCCAGUCUGCUGAGACCCCAGAGGAACACUCCAGCCCUUCCCAGGUCUACACCAAAGUCCUGCUGGUGCUCAAGACCCUACACACACACCUGCUAGGGGUGUCAGUUGGUGAGAAAGAAGUGUCUGUCAUAUUGGGAGACCUGGUAUGGCAAGAGAUGUCUCAUUGCAUCAUCCAUGAAUGUCUCCUGUACUCCAUCCCAACUGAUAGCAGUCAGCUUGAGCAGUACAAUGUUGUGAUCAAAGAGACAGAGGAGUUUGAAAAGUCUCUAAAGGAGAUGCAGUACCUCGAAGGAGACUCCACUGAACUGCUGAAGUACGCCCAGGAUGUCAACUGCCACUUUGCCAGCAAGAAAUGCAAAGAUGUCAUUGUAGCGGCGCGGAAGCUGAUGACCUCCGAAAUGCACAACACUGUCAAAAUCACCCCAGAUUCCAGACUUUCCGUCCCCAAGCUCCCUAACCCUGGCUCCGGGGACAACAAGGGCAAGCAGGGGGCCAAGAAGCCAGAGGCGUACAUGUUGGAGAACGAGAAGCAGCUGGGCGCCCGCACUCUGUGCCUGCCUGUGUGCCGCAUCAGUGAGUCGGUGCAGCAGCUGAUGGAGCUGGCCCUGCACACGCUGUCCGAGGCUGUGGGCAGCUCCACCCAAUGUGCUACCCAGCUGUUCUUCACAGUGCGGAAUAUAUUCCAGCUAUUCUAUGAUGUUGUGCCUACGUACCAUAAAGAUAACUUGCUCAAGUUCCCCCACCUGGCAGCUGUCCAGCACAACAACUGCAUGUACAUCGCCCACCACCUGCUCACCCUUGGCCACCAGUUUAGGCCACACCUGCCAGACCCCCUCAGCAAAGGCGCUGCCACAUUUGUGGACCUGGUUCCCGGCUUUAGGAAACUAGGCGCUCAAUGCUUCCUGGCCCAGCUAAAUGUCCAGAGAGCAGAGAUGCUGGAGCGUCUGUCCACCGCACGCAACUUCUCCAACCUAGAUGAUGAGGACAACUAUUCUGCCGCCAGCAAGGCAGUCAGGCAGGUCAUCCAUCAGCUAAAGAGACUGGGCACAGUCUGGCAAGAUGUACUACCUGUCAACAUAUACUGUAAAGCAAUGGGGACUCUCCUUAACUCUGCGAUCUCAGAGCUGAUUGCCAAAAUCAUGAUGCUGGAGGAUAUCUCCACUGAAGAUGGGGAGCACCUGCACAUCCUCUGUCAAACCAUCAUUGAAGAAGGACCUUUAGUGUUCAUUCCACUGCCUGACGAGCACAAGAACAAGAAGUACCAGGAGGAGGUGCCUGUGUAUGUAAAAAAGUGGAUCACCUUCAAGGAGUUGGUCAUUGUGCUCCGAGCAAACCUGCAAGAAAUUGUCGACAGGUGGGCGGAGGGCAAAGGGCCUCUGGCGCUUGAAUUUUCUAGUUCCGAGAUGAAGAGCUUGAUCCGAGCUUUGUUCCAGAACACGGAGAGGCGGGCGGUGGCCCUCACCAAAAUCAAAUAGACACUUUGCUUUCUUGCUUCCAAUAAAGAACCCCAAUAUGCUGCAGCUCAUUGGUUCUGGAAUAUCUUUGUCCAGUUGAAUUUAAAUUCAAUACAUGUGGGACCUUUUUGUGUAUACAUUUUUUCUAAACCAAUAAUGUCAGAAAUGUGAAAUAAAAAGCUCCUAACCCUCUAUGUACUACAAU